GUGACCUUCGCUGGAUGUCGUAUGGGGAAUAGCGUUGACGGGGCCAUGAGCACCGCGAAGCUGCUGCCAGCCGUCGUGAUUGCCUCAAAAACAGCACCGACUGCCACAUUCAUUUUCCUUCACGGCCUUGGCGAUGACGGUCGUGGCUGGUCGUCCGUUUUGAGGGAGCUUGUUCCAGACUACUGCAAGCUUAUUUGCCCGAAUGCGCCUGCCAUACCUGUCACACUAAAUGGUGGAAUGAGAAUGCCAGCUUGGUACGAUAUCCAUGGACUCGCCCCAGAUUCUAGACAGGAUGAAGCCGGUAUUUUGGAGGCAACUAAUGAGCUAGAAAAAUUCGUUCAGGCGGAAAUAAAGGCAGGGAUACCAGCUAACCGUAUCGUCAUUGGUGGCUUCUCUCAAGGUGGUUCGGUCGCGUUGUACAACGCCGUGACGAAAGGUCACCCGUAUGCCGGUGUGGUAGCUCUGAGUUGCUGGCUGCCUCUCCAUUCGAAAUUAGUCAGUGAUCAGUCGCUAAUCAAUGGACACAGGGAAACGCCUAUUUUCCAGUGCCAUGGUCGAGAAGACUGUCUUGUCUCUCACCAGAUGGGAAGUGCUACUCAUGAUCUGUUAAAAAUGUUUCGAAUGACCAAAUGUGAAUUUAAUUCUUAUGCCAAUCUUGGACAUUCAUCCAGUGAUGAGGAGCUGAAUGAUGUGCAAUGUUUCCUCAAGAAAACAUUACCUGCUCUAUGA